UAUGCAUGACAAAUUGUCCUACUCUGAUUGUAAUGGUUGGCCUUCCAGCAAGAGGAAAAACUUACAUAUCAAAAAAAUUGACACGCUACUUAAACUGGAUUGGAGUGCCUACAAAAGAGUUUAAUGUUGGUCAGUACCGUCGAGAUUUGGUAAAAACAUACAAGUCCUUUGAAUUCUUCUUGCCAGACAAUAAAGAAGCCCUGAAAAUCCGAAAAAAGUGUGCCUUAGCAGCACUAAAUGAUGUCCGGCGAUAUCUUUGUGAAGAAAAUGGGCAUGUGGCA